ACGUCAAUGAUGAAGAAUAUGGAAGGGAGAAUCCUAAUUUUGAAAAUACUUUAAUAAUCGUGAGCGACGGCGCGUGGGGGUAGGUUUGAAUUGAACUUUCUACCUUGGCUUCACACCAUCAUCUUGCUUAUUGUCAACUCAUUCCUCAUCACAAAAAUUCUUUUCUUUCUUCCAAGUCUUAAUUCAUUUUCUUAAUCUUUUCUCUGCAUAUAUUUCAAUUUGUGUUUGAAUUUUGAUAAUUAAGAACUCAUGGCCUCCAGCGGAAACAAGAACAUCAACGCCAAGCUGGUGCUUCUUGGAGAUGUUGGAGCUGGAAAAUCAAGUGUAGUGUUACGCUUUGUAAAAGGGCAGUUUGUUGAAUUUCAGGAAUCAACAAUUGGUGCUGCCUUCUUCUCACAAACAGUUGCUGUAAACGAUGCAACUGUAAAAUUUGAGAUAUGGGACACGGCUGGUCAGGAGAGAUACCACAGCUUAGCUCCAAUGUACUAUAGAGGAGCUGCGGCCGCCAUUAUUGUAUAUGACAUUACCAAUCAAGCUUCCUUUGAUCGAGCAAAAAAAUGGGUGCAGGAGCUUCAAGCACAAGGUAAUCCAAAUAUGGUUAUGGCUCUUGCUGGGAAUAAGGCUGAUUUGUUAGAUGCCAGAAAGGUGGCAACAGAGGAAGCACAAGCAUAUGCACAGGAGAGCGGCCUUUUCUUCAUGGAAACCUCUGCAAAGACAGCUACUAAUAUCAAUGAACUAUUUUAUGAAAUAGCCAAGAGAUUACCUCGUUUGCAGCCAGUCCCAAACCCGUCAGGCAUGGUUCUCAUGGACAGACCAGCAGAGAGGGCUGCUAGUGCGUCUUGUUGCUCUUGAAGUUGAUGCGUUCUUCACCAAAGAGUAGUAUAUGUUCAAGUUGUCACAUUGUGUUCUGUCGCAGAUUUUAGCAUCUAUUUUUCUGUAUUAUUGUUAAGAAUUGUACAGAAGAGUCCACAAGAUGUUCCAUCUUCGAACUUUUUAAGAUUCUGCUUUGGGUUCUCAUCAUCUCAUGUGAUGAAAGAUGAGUGAAAGAUAUUAUUUCUUUGUUUUUUCGAGUGAUGAUUUUUCUUAAUCAAUGGAAAAAAAUAUUAUAGUUGUAUUUC